CAACAUUCGCCGAUAAGCGAAGCAUGGUGAAACCGCUGUCAAGUCUAACACCGAAGUACGCUGACAUGUUUAGGGUGUUUUUGGACAUUUAGAGUGACUCUUUAAGCUCCAGAGUUCACUAGACUGCUUCCGUCUUCGUGGUUCAGUCGCUCGUUCCUGUCAGCUGACUCCACGCUGUCAGCUGACUCCACGCUGUCAGCGGAGCUUUUAAACACCAAAAUGCAAUCUGUGAAGGUCGGCUAUUUAGCUGCGUCGAGAGCCCUCUGCUCAGGUAGGAUACUCUGUCCCGAGUUCGUUAAACUAUCGGCUGGUUCCGUCAGUCAGACCCGCUUCUGUCGAACAGCCACCAAGCCAGAAGGGACCGCGGUUAUUCGUGUCCCUCGCUACCUGCAGAAGCGCGUCGAGAACGUGAAACAGACCGGAGGCCAGAACAAGAUCAGAACCGUCAAAGCUGGCAAGCUCCUGAUCCAGAGCAAGAACCCUGAGCUGAACCAGUCUGUGGGUUACAUGUUGGGGAAGUUCCAGGAGCCCAUUCUCUGCUCCAAAGGAUGGAAGCAUUACAAAUCCUUCGGUGACCAUUUCACCAUCAACAACAUAAAGGCUGUUGCGCCCUUUGUUGCUGACAAUCAGAAGGAGGGUGUUGAACAGAAGCCGUUGGCGACUUUUAAAAACUUCCACAUCUGCAAGGAGCUGGUGGAAAUUUUGGAAAAUAUCAACAUUACCCAUCCCACCACUGUGCAGCUGCAGACCAUCCCAAAGGUCAUGAGAGGUCAGAACAUUCUCUGUGCUGCAGAGACCGGCAGUGGGAAAACCCUGAGUUACCUCCUGCCUAUUGUUCACAGACUGCAGGCUGAUAAGGAACCAGAGAUGGACACAACGAGUGCACGCAGGAUCCAGGCUGUGAUACUUGUGCCUUCUAGAGAACUGUCUGAGCAAGUGGCAACUGUGUCCAGGACUCUCUGUGCUCCGUUUGGCUUGCUGACAAAGACGGUGGGUGGUGGGCAAGGGGUAGGACACAUCAAGGUGGUCUUCAAGAAUGAUCAGCCGGAUAUUUUAGUGGCUACACCUGGCGCUCUGGUCAAGGCCCUGCGGAGACGCUGCCUGGACUUGAGCGAGCUGAGCUUCUUUGUAAUAGACGAGGGGGACACCAUGUUCGACCCCAGCUUUUCUGAUAUGGUGGAGGACAUCCUGCUCCGUGCAAGCAUCGCUAGUAAUCCCAAGGAAACACGAGGCCUGGGGCACAAAGCCCAGCUGCUGGUAGUGGGGGCCACCUUCCCCGGUGGUGUCGGGGAAGUGCUCAGCAAGGUCACAGACCUUGGCAGCAUGGUGGUUAUCAAGAGCAAGAUGCUGCACUUCCUCAUGCCACAUGUCAAGCAGACGUUCCUGAAGGUGAAGGGUGCUGACAAGACCCUGGAGCUCCACCAAGCCCUGAAGCUGCUCCAACAGGAGAAAGGAGGGGGCGGUGUUUUGGUGUUCUGCAACAAAUCUGCCACCGUCAACUGGCUGGGGUACUCGCUGGAUGAGAUGGGGGUGCAGCACGCACGUCUGCAAGGGGAGAUGCCUGCUGCCGUGCGUGCAGGAAUCUUCCGCUCCUUCCAGAAGGGCGCGGUAGAUGUGCUGUUAUGCACAGACAUUGCUUCACGUGGCCUGGACACAUCCCGAGUGCGCUUGGUUGUCAACUAUGACUGCCCAGAAUCCCAUACUGACUACAUUCACAGGGCAGGAAGGGUGGGAAGAGCAGGAGGGAUGGAGGACGGGGAGGUGCUCAGCUUCGUCUCUCAUCCGUGGGAUGUGGAGCUGGUGCAGAAGAUUGAGACGGCUGCACGUAGGAGAACUAGUCUGCCGGGGAUGGAAUCCGAUAUACAUGAGCCAAAACCCAAAGUAAAGGAGGAAAAGGAAAAUGAGUAGAAGUGUUUUUUGUAUGUUUGCAAGUGGAAGAGCCUCUGGUGGGAUAUGUUACUGUAUGUGUAGUGUUGGGAUGACACUAAAUGUAUAAUAUUGUCAGCAGAAACAGUAAGCAAGUUAGAAUUACAGUAGGCUGAUUUUCUAUGCCCGCUAUGACUAUAAUUGAUCGUUUUGAUAUUAUUGGGGAUGGAUAUUCUACUAAACGGUGUGCUUUUUUUUUUUUUUUUUUUUUACCAUACAAUCAUUCAAACAAUUGCCAAAAGAGAUAAUUUGAAAGACAGAUUAAUGGCAGUGACAAGUCUUGUUUUUUUGCCAAGUAAAGUCACUUAUUAUAAGUGUAAGUCCUAAUAUUUACAAUGCACUAACAUAACGACUAUGCAUUUCCAAUAAUGGAAUAAAUCCUCUGUUUGGGUAUGUGUGUUCAGAAAUUUUUUUGACUUCAAAGUAAAAUCUAAUUGCAUAUUUUU